AUGGCAGCACCUUUGGUCGCAGAAUUCCACCCCGAGACUACUUCCCCCGUAGCAGUUAGUGGAAAGGAAGCUCUAAUGGACGCCGUAGAAGACGUUCUCUUUGGCUCUAUCGCCGGCGUGGCGGGCAAGUAUAUUGAAUACCCCUUCGACACGGUCAAAGUUCGCCUACAAUCACAACCAGACCACCUUCCUCUCCGUUACACUGGGCCCCUAGAUUGCUUCAAGCAGUCGUUACGUGCAGAUGGGUUCCUCGGCCUAUACCGUGGUGUAAGCGCACCGCUUGUCGGCGCCGCGCUCGAGACAUCCUCUCUUUUCUUCUGGGAACGCGUCGGCCGCGAAUCUCUAUUCAAAGCCGGGCUCUACCAACGGGACAAGCCAUUACCUCUCUCAGCACUCUGGCUGACAGGUGCUAUAAGUGGGGCCUUUACCAGCUUGGUUUUAACGCCAAUUGAACUGGUUAAGUGCAAGAUCCAGGUCCCUGUUACAGGUUCCGGAGAGCAAGCCAAGAGAACACAAACGCCGCUGGCGGUGGUUAAAGAGGUGUUCAAACACCAAGGCAUACGCGGAUUUUGGAACGGGCAGCUCGGGACAUUGAUUCGCGAGACCGGCGGCUGCGCUGCUUGGUUCGGGAGUAAAGAAACCGUCACCCUGGCCUUCCGACACUUGAACUCCAAAUAUCCCUCCCUCUCACCCUCCUCUACUCCCGAACCACCCCUGCCGACAUCAAACCCAGUAGCUCUGGGAAAUGCAUUAGUACCCCUGCCGCUGUGGCAACAAGCGCUAGCUGGCGCCUCCGCCGGCAUGUCCUACAACUUUCUAUUCUUUCCCGCCGACACGAUCAAGUCGAGGAUCCAAACCAGCAGCAUCCACUCGCCAUCUUCCAAAGGUCAGUUUUGGGCCGAAGGAGUCACUAUAUAUAGAAAGUACGGUAUUAAGGGGCUGUACCGUGGAUGCGGGAUAACAGUGAUGAGGAGCGCGCCCAGCAGUGCAUUUAUUUUCAUUAUCUUCGACGCUUUGAAAGGAACAUUUAGCUUCUCUUGA